UCGUCCCUAUCUCGGAGGUGAAAUAAUACACUAAAGUAUUAGCAUGGGGUUGAAACAAGUGUCCUUUGUAGAGCGGUCGUCCCUAUCUCUGAGGUCAAAUAAUACACUAAAGUAUUAGCUUGGGAGAGAGAGAGAGAGACCUCCCCAUCUCAUGGCUUGAGAAAACCCUUCAGCCGAUAGCCACCAAAGCCUUGAAGAAGUGGGCAGGUCUGGCCAAGUCAGCCAACACCUCCAUCCUGUUUCUCCCUGUGAAGCGAGGUGGACUGGCUCUUCCCUCCAUCCCGCCCAUGUACAAGAAGCAACAGGCAUCCCGCAUGGUGCAACUUUUCAUGUCAGGGGAUCCAGGGGUGCGGAAGGCAGCUGAUGAGAGGGAGAAGCAGCGGUCGAAGUUCAAGCCAGCCAUGUUUGUUGAUGAUCUACAUAUAGAUCGUGCCCAGACCCGAAGAGCCCUCUCAGGAGCUGUCAAGACCUUGCUCGCUGAGGAGGAAGCUGACCAAAACCACCUUCACCUAUGCCAGCUCUCAUCUCAGAGGGAGAUGGCUAGGGUUUGGGGAGAGUAUUCUCCACAACUGUGGGUGAAGGCUGUGCAAAGCCUCCCUCCUGAAGUUAUGAAGUUUGCCAUCAACGCUUCAUCAAACACUCUCCCGACCAAUGCCAACCUCCAUCUCUGGGGCAAAAAGAACAGCGAUGUCUGUCGCCUUUGUCAAGAGGCCAGACAGUCCCUUUCUCAUGUCCUCAACAACUGUCAGGUCGCUAUGGAGCUGAGGAGGUACAGCAAGAGACACGACGAAGUCCUCAAGGUCAUCGGGGCUUUCAUCAGAGCCAACCGCCCCCCCCCCCCACUUCGCCCUCACUAUCGACCAUCCUUCGGCUACUUACUCAUUUCCCCACCACAUUACUCCAACUGAUCUGCGCCCAGAUAUCGUGUGGUGGUGUGACAGUCAGAAAGAGUUGUGGCUUUUCGAACUGACCAUCAGCUACGAGACUGCUGUAGCGGAUGCA